AAUAUUAAAAUCACACGUGUGAUAGACCAUUGGUGUAAAAACUAUUUAUUUUCUGUCAAAAAAUAAAGGAAAUGGGGGAUAAAAUACAUAUUGAUAAAAAGAGAUAUGAUAACGCCGAUGAUUACGAGCCCACUGACUCUGAAGCUGAAUAUAGCGAAGAUGAAAAGGAGCUAUUGCGCCAAGUACGUCAAGGGCGAAAAUAUGAUGAUAUUACUAAGGACAACGAACUCAUGGCUUUUGAAGAAAGCGAUGAGGACGACGGUGACGAUGAUGAAGAUGAUGUAGGCGCUUUAAUGCACGGCAGCGACAUAGAGGGUGCUGAGAGUGAUGAUGACCUACCCGAUACAACAGAUUGGGGUGACAAAAGCCGAAAUUAUUAUAACACCGAUUUUGUUGAUCCCGAUUAUAGUACAUACACUGCUGAGCAGGAGGAAAUGGCAAAAGAGGAAGAAGAGGAGGCUAAAAAAAUACAAAUACGUCUAGCCAAACAAAUGAAGGAAGAAGAUUUCCUUCUUGAUGACGCGCUACUACAUACUAUUAAGCCGAAAGAAAAAAGGCCGAAAGUGGUUGUCGAUGAAACAAUAGAGGUCAAAGCUGAUCUGUCGGGUAUAACAAAGCGUGAUAAACUACGCCUAUUUCAAGAAGAUUCACCGGAAUUCACACCGCUUAUGGAUGAUUUUGAAAAUUAUGUGAAGGAGGUGGACCAACUUGUAUCACCUGUAUUGCAGUAUGUACGCAAGAAUAACGUGCCUAUGAUACCAGCGUUACAAUUUGCAGAGCUUUAUCAAAAUUUAGCCUUGAGUUAUUGCUCAAACGUGGCGUUUUAUCUGCUCUUGAAAGCUAAGCGCGCUGCUGUGCGCAAUCAUCCAGUUACCAAGCGUUUGUUGCAGCUAAAGAAAUUAAUUAAACAGUUGCAGGACAAAUAUGACAACAUUAUACGUCCGCAGUUGGAAGCGUUGCUAGAGCGCAUUGUUGACGGUGAUAAGUUUAAAGUGCUGGACGUUAAAGCUGUCGCAGAGCGGACUAAAUCAAGAAAGAAAACCAAAUUGGGCAUUAUUGAAAAAUAUGAGAAAGCAAGCGGUGAAGACAAUGAUGGUUCAGAUGAAUCAGAUGAAGAAGACUUUAAUGGCUUGGAUGAGAAUGAAAUGGACGUCGUCGAAGCAGGAGAAGAUGCAGAUGAAGAUACACGUCGUGGCAUUACUUACCAAAUCGCUAAGAACAAGGGUCUUACACCUGCACGCAAGAAGGAAUUACGAAAUCCACGUGUCAAACAUCGCAAUAAGUUCCGCAAAGCUUUGGUACGACGCAAGGGCGCAGUGCGCACUGUUCGCAAGGAGACCAAACGUUAUGGUGGCGAAAUAUCUGGAAUCAAAGCGACCGUCAGCAAGAGUGUCAAGUUCAAAGUGUAAUAGCUUCAAAACAUUUUUGCUAAUCUUUAUAAUUUUAAUGCUUGUAAUUUUCGUGGAAAAUUUGAAUGCAAGUUACACCGUGAUUCAUACAAAAAAUAUACGUAUUUCCAUUUAUUUCAUAUCAUGGAAGUAAGGA